AUGAUUGGAGCGGCGUCGGAGGCCUCCUUAAAUCCCCCGGAUCCGCAGCAGGAUCUCGCAACGGGGAAAGCCAAUCUCAGCAACCUCGAUUUCAAUGCACAGGUGCAACUAAUACUCCAGCACAAUGCCGCCAUUACGGCCGAUAUCCGGGAGCGCGACCAGAUUAAGCGCGAUAAGUCAGCCCACCCGUUGGCACAAAUCAAAGUGACGGCGAGGAUCGAUGCGAGAGUGGAACAGGUCAGGAUCGACCUCGAUAUACUCCACAACAUCUACGAACGCAUCACCGCCAGUAGAAGACAUCGCAAAAAGUACACAGACGAAGAGUUGCGCCAAUUCGAAGACACAAUACAAAACCUUGAGGAGCAAUGCAGCACCUACGACAGCAACAAGUACCGCCGAGUUACGACUGUGAAGCGACGCAUCAACAUGGACUUUACUGCCCCAACUGAAUCCGAGCCAAUGACGGAGCAGGAACAGCUCAAGGCAAGGGAAUCGAUCCAGCGCUGGCGCACACGUGACGAGCAUUUCGAUCAGCAGCUGCAGGAAAUAGGAGAGGCUGUGGAACGUAUAGGGGAGGUGGCAGUUGUCAUCGGCGAGCGGGCCAAUGAGCAGGUGCUUAAUGCCAUCGCAACCAUGGAGCACGUGGAGGGCGCAACCGAAGAUGUGACGUCCGUAUCGCAGCAAAUCAAAACCGUUCUCAAAAAACAGAGAACCGUGGAGUGCUCGAUACGCGUCACCCUCAUCUUUACCUUCCUGGUAGUGAUGUGCCUAUUUAUAUACGCGCUGAUAAGAUACCUGAAAUCGUUAUGA